AUGACUGAUGUCAUCGCAUCGAAGCACUUCCAGAAAUACUUUGAUACAACAUCCACAUCGUCCAUUAUCGGUGCCAUCAACUCGACAUUUAGUGGAGGAGCAGUAUUUGGAGCUUUGUUCGGCGGUGUGAUUAUGGAUCGGUUUGGUCGAAGAAAGACUAUUGGUAUCGGUGCUGCUAUUUGCACGGUCGGAGCUGUUCUCCAGGCUGCCGCUUAUCAUCUCGCUAUGAUGCUGAUAGGCCGUAUCAUCGCUGGGUUUGCCGUCGGUCUGCUCUCUAUGAGUGUACCCGUGUACCAAUCUGAAUGCGCCUCACCCAAGAACCGAGGUCUCAUCGUCGGUCUCGCCCAGCAAAUGAUCGGAGUUGGCUUCGUCGUCUCAACAUGGGUUGGCUACGGCAGUCACCACAUGCCCGACACGUCGUCUUUCCAAUGGCGAUUCCCUCUAGCCUUUCAAGCAUUCCCCUCCGCGCUGCUGUGCUUAGGAAUGCUCUGGCUUCCAGAGACACCCCGUCAUUUAAUUGCUACAGAUCAGCUAGACGAUGGCAUGAAAACUCUGCGGAAGCUGCACUUUGAUGGCUCCAACGAGGAGUGGAUCAAGGCUGAGUUCAACGAGAUCAAGCUCACUCUUGAUGCUGAGAAGGCUGCGACGGCGCCAGGCUGGUUGAUUAUGUUCAAGGUACCCCAAUGGAGGAAGAGGCUUAUGCUUGGAACGCUUGUUCAAGUGUUUACCCAAUUCACUGGAAUUAACGUUAUUGGCUACUAUCAAACUAUCAUGUAUGAACGACUAGGGAUUACCGGAAAGACAAGCCUCCUAGUCGCAGGAAUCUACAACUGCACAGGCCCUAUUGCGAACUUGUUCUUCAUCACCUUCAUCGCCGAUAGGAUUGGCCGAAAGAGACCUCUAAUCUAUGGUAUCAUCGCCAUCACCAUCGCUCUUAUCCUAGAGAGUGUCGUAAACAGCCAGAACAUCGACGGCUCCCACCGUGGUCUCAGCAUUGCCGGCGUUGCGUUCCUCUUCUGCGUCACAAUCAUCUUCUCAUUAUCCUUCGGCCCUGUUAGCUGGACAUACAUGUCAGAAAUUAUGCCCUAUCAAAUCCGUGCUAAGGGUUGUGCGUUUGCUACUGGUAUCGGUAACUGGCUUGUGUCGACUUUCUGGAACCAAGUCAGCCCAUUUGCCCUCGGGGAACUAGGCUGGAAAUUCUAUUUCCUCUUUGUUGCUUUCAAUCUCGUUGUUACUCUCCCUGUCCUCAUCUUCUCUUUCCGAGAGACUAAGGGGCUGUCACUCGAGGAGAUUGAUCUCAUGUUUGGCGAUCGAGCUCUUGGAAAUCUUCCUGCAGAUAUUGAGAAGGAUGGUGGUGUUGUAGCUGUGACUAACACGCAUGAUGAGAGACCUAAGGGGGAGCUUUAG